UUAAAGCAGAUUUAUCAUUCCAGCAAUGGCUACGUUCUGCCUGUGAAACUCAAGGAAGAUAAACCGCAAUCGCGUCCGAUCUGGAGCCGCUUAGGCUGGAAACGGCCGAGAAACGGCAAAAAAGACAAGAUGUAUGAGAUAAAGCUAAAGCAAGUACAGUGUUCCCAUUAUGCCAAGAUGCGUGCAAACGGCGCGCCAAAACAGCACAUCGACGUACUGCAGCCAUCUCACGAAUUUCAACCUUUUAUCUCUCACAAAGAACUAUCGGAAGGGAUACCGAGUAAGAAUGCCAAGAUCGACACUGUCAAAUCAAAACCACCUAAAUAUCCAACGAAAACGAAACUCAAGAGAGAAGAAAUAGCGGAAAAGAUCGAAAUCUAUUAUUUUGAUCACGGAAACUCCGCAUAUUAUCGAACAACCGAUUGCCAUCCUGUACUAAUCACGGACAAAUGUGCCGAAAAAACUGAUCAGGCGGCAACUCGUUUUUGGGCGGAGAUCUUUGGCACAAUUCACAUCGGUAUCGCCUUCGUCACAGCUUUUAUUCUGCAGCUUCUACGCUUCGUGCUCUACAGCGUGAUCCGGCCGUUGACAGUGGGGAUACUUCAAUUAAUAGCGGAUUACUUUGUAAAACCACUGCUGUCUAUUCUGUUUAACGCUCUCAUACAACCGGUAUUGAUCCUGUUCUACAAUAUUGCGACGUCAUUGAGGGAUCUCUGCGAACCGAUAGCCGAGGCGAUGGGUUUAUUCCUGAGGGAGAUCGCAAAUGUCUGCGCUGCAAUCAGGAUCGUGGAGGUGAAGCACGUUCACGCGCCGACCACUGCUAGCACUUGAGCUCUCACAAGCGAAAAUUGGAAACUCUUAAAGAUUGAGUUUUAGUAACUUAACUAAAGACUCGAAGGAUUUUCGUGAAUCUGAGAUCACAGACUCACUUCCGAGGGAAAUUUGCAUUUCUAUGUGAUGCACUUUCAAUUCAUGACCAACAACAUGCCUUAACACCAGGUAUAUAUUUGGUAUUAUUUUAACUUUACAAUAUUAUUGUAUCAUUUUUUACAGAACAAAUUAUCUCUUAUAGCAACUAGCUUUGUCAAUAA